UCAUUCUAGCGAGUUUCCCCACUCUUUCCAUCCCUCUACAUGUGCGCCAGACACACAGCUCUCCUCUGAGCGGACACUGCGGGGAAAGAAGCGAACGAUCCCACCAUGGAAUAGGAAUAUUGCUGGACCAAAACCGGGGGAUAAAGCUCUCUUUCUCAUCUUUCUUAUUUUUUCCUUUAUUUUUUUCUCCUGACGCCUUCUCUCUCUCUCUCUCUCUCUCUCUCUCUCCCUCUCUCUCUCUCCUUCUCUCCCUCUCUCCCUCUCUCCCUCUCGCAUCUCUCCCCCGGUGUCUACCCCGAUGUCUCUCAACAGUUUCUGAAGGGAUUGAAGGAAAGAAAAAUGAGGAUUAUUAUUUUGUCUUGGCACUUUCUCGGGGUGUAUUCCGCCCUUUGGGGGCUGGCGUCGGGGGCUUUCCCCAGCUCAGUGCAGAUAGGUGGUUUGUUCAUUAGGAAUACGGAUCAGGAGUACACGGCGUUUCGAUUAGCCAUCUUCCUUCACAACACCAGCCCUAACGCUACGGAAGCUCCCUUUAACCUGGUCCCACACGUCGACAACAUAGAGACCGCCAACAGUUUUGCUGUCACCAAUGCAUUCUGUUCUCAGUAUUCAAGGGGGGUCUUCGCCAUCUUUGGCCUCUACGACAAGCGCUCGGUGAACACGCUGACGUCGUUCUGUGGGGCCCUGCACAUCAGCCUGGUGACGCCCAGCUUCCCCAGCGAGGGAGAGGGCCAGUUCACCCUGCAGCUCCGACCGUCCAUCAGGGGGGCUCUGCUGUCACUGCUGGACCACUACGACUGGAGCCGAUUCGUCUUCCUCUACGACACCGACAGAGGUUAUGCAAUACUGCAGGCAAUUAUGGAAAGAGCGGGGCAAAACGGAUGGCAGGUGAGUGCUAUCUGUGUGGAGAGCUUCAACGAGGCAGCUUACCGCCGGCUCCUUGAGGACCUGGACCGACGUCAGGAGAGAAAAUAUGUUAUUGACCUGGAGCCUGAAAGACUACAGAGCAUCCUGGAACAGGCCGUUAGUGUGGGGAAACAUGUAAAAGGUUACCAUUACAUCAUCGCAAACUUGGGAUUUAAGGACAUAUCUCUGGAGCGGUUCAUGCACGGCGGGGCUAAUGUGACUGGUUUCCAGCUGGUGGACUUCAGCAGGCCUAUAGUUAUUAAACUGAUGCAGCGUUGGAACAAAUUGGACCAGAGAGAGUACCCCGGAUCUGAGAGCCCACCUAAGUAUACCUCAUCCCUUACAUACGAUGGCGUCCUUGUGAUGGCCGAGGCUUUCCGCACCCUUCGGCGUCAGAAAAUUGAUAUCAGUCGCCGUGGCAACGCUGGUGACUGCCUGGCAAAUCCAGCUGCUCCCUGGAACCAAGGAAUAGAUAUGGAACGUGCACUGAAACAGGUGCGUAUUCAGGGCCUGACUGGAAACAUCCAGUUUGACCACUACGGUCGGAGGAUCAACUACACUAUGGAUGUGUUUGAACUAAAGAGCAACGGACCACGCAAGAUUGGCUACUGGAACGACAUUGACAAACUUGUGUUGGUCCAGAAUGAAAAUGCUCUGACCAAUGAUAGCACAGCGAUGGAGAACCGCACAGUGGUCGUGACAACCAUCAUGGAGGGUCCUUACGUGAUGCUGAAGAAGAACUGGGAACUGUAUGAAGGCAACGACCAGUUUGAGGGAUACUGUGUGGACUUGGCCUCGGAGAUCGCGAAACACAUUGGAAUCAAAUACAAGAUCUCCAUCGUACCGGAUGGGAAAUAUGGAGCCAGAGAUCCCGAGACCAAGAUAUGGAACGGCAUGGUUGGAGAGCUCGUGUAUGGGAAAGCAGAAAUUGCCGUUGCUCCCCUGACCAUCACUCUCGUGAGAGAAGAGGUGAUAGACUUCUCAAAGCCCUUCAUGUCCCUGGGCAUCUCCAUCAUGAUCAAGAAGCCCCAGAAGUCUAAACCAGGAGUUUUCUCUUUCCUGGACCCGCUGGCCUACGAGAUCUGGAUGUGCAUCGUUUUCGCUUACAUUGGCGUCAGUGUCGUAUUGUUUUUGGUGAGUCGCUUCAGUCCGUACGAGUGGCACGCCGAGGAGCCGGAGGAGGGAACGACGGAGCUGGGCCCGACCGACCAGCCUCCCAACGAGUUUGGGAUCUUCAACUCCCUGUGGUUCUCGCUGGGAGCUUUCAUGCAGCAGGGCUGCGACAUCUCGCCACGGUCUUUGUCCGGACGAAUAGUCGGAGGUGUGUGGUGGUUCUUCACCCUCAUCAUCAUCUCCUCCUACACAGCCAACCUGGCCGCUUUCCUCACGGUGGAGAGGAUGGUGUCGCCCAUAGAGAGCGCCGAGGACUUGGCCAAACAGACGGAGAUCGCCUACGGGACGCUGGACUCGGGCUCCACCAAGGAGUUCUUCCGGAGGUCCAAAAUAGCCGUGUACGAGAAAAUGUGGUCGUACAUGAAGUCUGCCGAGCCGACCGUCUUCACCAAAACCACAGCGGAGGGCGUGGCGAGGGUCCGCAAGUCCAAGGGGAAGUAUGCGUUCCUCCUGGAGUCCACCAUGAACGAGUACACGGAGCAGCGCAAGCCUUGCGACACCAUGAAAGUCGGGGGGAACCUUGACUCCAAAGGAUACGGGAUCGCUACACCGAAAGGCUCACAGUUAAGAAAUGCGGUCAACCUGGCCGUGCUAAAGCUCAACGAGCAGGGCCUGUUGGACAAAUUGAAAAACAAGUGGUGGUAUGACAAAGGAGAAUGUGGCAGCGGGGGAGGGGAUUCCAAGGACAAGUCGUCCCAGGCCCUGAGCCUGUCCAACGUGGCCGGGGUCUUCUACAUCCUGGUGGGCGGCCUGGGCCUGGCCAUGCUGGUGGCCCUGGUCGAGUUCUGCUACAAGUCACGGGCCGAAGCCAAGCGCAUGAAGCUGUCUUUUUCUGAAGCCAUGCGGAACAAGGCCCGUCUGUCCAUCACAGGAAGUGUCGGGGAGAACGGCCGUGUACUGACGCCAGACUGCCCCAAAGCCGUGCAUGCUGGCCACGCCUCCCUCCGACACCCUGGCCUUGCAGUGAUCUCCUCCGGACUGCCCUGAAAACCAAAAACACCUCCUGUGCCUUAACGACACUUCAACCAUACAGACUCCGACAAGGACACAAACAAACCCACAUGCAAUUACACACCAUCCAUUUUUCUGUUGCAUAACGCACACACACACACACACACACUUGCACAGAGAGACACACACAUGAAUAUCUAUAUAUAAUUGCAGAUUUGCAGACGACACAAACACACGCCACGCAUCAUCGUGUCACUUUCCUGCUGCCAUCGACUUAUUUUACAAGAAAUGAGUGAAAAACAACUGCGGAGUGAACAAUGGAGAAAAAAACAACAAAGGACAACUAAGACUGUCACACUUGCCUGCAGCAUUGUUUUAAUUAUUUUGAGAGGACACCAUCCGGAUACCAACCAACCGACAGGAAAGCCAGCACAGACUUGAACAUGAAAUUAACUAUGAGCUGUGAAUAUGACCGCAUUAAUUGAUCAUGAUGAUGAUGGUGAUGGUGAUGAAGGUGAUGAUUGCAGCUGAUGGUAUAGAACAAAUACAAAGGAAGAAAAAGAUCUACGUUGGACAGUGUUGCUAACGUGCCGCACCCUUGACAGCGCCUUAUUAAGAUUCCAAGAAUCAUCAUCAUCACCAUCCUCAUCAUCAUGGUGGUCAUUGUCCUCGUAACUCGCCUGCAAAGAGAGCCAGGUACUAUCACCCUUAGAAGACCAGAAAACUGUAAGCUUGAACGUUCGGACUGAGCAGAUUUGCUACUUUGCCACGGACUGUUCAAAUUGAAUGAAAUGCUUUCUUACUACGCAUACGGAAUGAUUUCUUGCUCCAAAACCGGCGGGAAAAUCAGCCCACACAGCUGUGAACGGGGGGGGGGGGGUAACCUCGAAAACAGACACGUGUGGCCUCGGAAUUCACAGGGGUUUGUAAAUGAAAAAACUAGUAGUAACGAAUUAAGUCCUUCAUCAACAGCAUCGUCAUGACGGUAGAAAUCCUAAACAGCAAAUUGAAGAAUAAUUUUUGCUGAACGGCAAAGCGCAAAGUUUAAACUGUAUAUUCAGUGAGGGAAAGAAAAGAAGAUAAAAAAUGAAGGCAUGGGCAGAUCUCAAAUGGCUACCUGACAAAGUGCUUCUCAACACGGACGCUGGGACCUUGGUGAAGAAAACCAGCGGAGGAGGAAACGGGGAGUUAAAUAGUCAAAAACGUUUUAAUUGUGCGAUCAAAGUUCAUCAUUCGCUGAAGGUUUCCCAGCAAGGGGGGGGCGAAUACUGUAGCUUUGUUUCAAGGGGCGAAACGGUGUUGAGAACCACUGGUCUGUGGUGGGGUGCGCAUUUUCAACUUCUCUUGAGCUAAUGACUCUAAUGGGCAGUUUUGUUGUCAUUUGAGAUCGGUAUCGGAUCAGAGAGCUUGCUUUUUAAAACUGUUGUAAAUAACUGCGUAGCAAAACAGAACUCACCUGUCUUUUUUAAUCAUCUUAAAUAACAAUUCAUUGCAAUAAUGAAUAUGAAAUGAAAAUGCCACUUGUUGUAAUUAAGAUCAAAUCUUUUUUUAUGAAUCUACAUAUUAUAUAUACGACAAAUAAAUAAAUCUAUAUAUAUAUAUAUCUAUACGUCUAUAGAGAGCUAUAGAAAACAUUGAUCACAGAUUGUCCGAGGCCAUGGCAUACAUUCUGUUCUAUGGCUGUUUUUUCGAUAACUUGAGAAUAAUAAUAAGCCACAGUCUUUGUGUGUCCUGCUCAACACUGAAUGUCCAUCUGGCAGUAACACGGACACAUAGGUAGAAACGCACGUACACACGUUGUUGCAUACACAGGGUCAGCUGACAUCACUGCAGCACCGCAGUGAGAGGUCCCGGACCUUUUUUAUCUGUGUCCGUCUGUUUCACCAGUAGUUAUUCACCGAUUGUCAGUGUCUAACACUGUUUCUACCCCAAAACCCUCAGCUGGUGGGCCCCUGAGACAUCAUGUAGGUGCCAGUAUUCAGAACUGGAGCUUUUUAGUCAGGCCUCUGGAGAGGAUGUGGCUACUGCGACUAAGGAAACAAAGCUGUCCGACAUUUGGCAAGCGUAGCGUUUGUGUGGCUUUUCAUAUCGCCUCGAUGCUUUUUUUUUUUGUCAUCAGAUGGAAGUCUGCUUCAGACUGAAGGCCAACACUAGAACAAACUGAGAAGGGUCUGCACAUGUUGAGGACAUGACUGCAUCCCGCAAUAGCAAUCGAUGCUACGAACCGUUUCAGACCACACGGCAGCCGAUGAAUCCCCUCUGGCUCCUUGUGCCGGACGCUGCAUUCAUUUUACAUCACAACCUCAAAACAUUGACAAGAGUCAAAUUGUUUUGUUGAACUCCGACACACAGACCUCAACCGCAUCAGUCUGCAUGCAUUCAAGUCAAACUUAACGGGCAGUAGCAUAGAUGGAAAAUAAUUGUUUUAAAAGCAACUCUUUUCCAGGCUCAAAAAUAAUAAGGGAGACAGUUUCCACCCGGGUCGGCAGCACCGGGGCAUCCCUACAUGAGAGAAGUGCUGGGAACAGUUCCUACUGUCGAUGCAUAGGUGCAGCUGAUCAAACUCUCCUCGCACCAGGAGGCAGGUAGAACUGUACAUGACACUGUUGGGUUUCUCUUUUUUCCCCCACCUCCAGCACAUAAGUAGACGGCGAAAAGCAGACUGUGUGGCUGUACACAUUCUGGCUUGGACAUUAUUUCUUUACUUCUUUGUUUUUUUUUUGUCUUACCAUUUGUUUUCUUUUUCUAGUAAAACAUCAAUGCUGAA